AUGCCCCUUUUUUCUCUUGCUGUGAGUCCCUUAGUGUGUGGGUACUUCCCCGCUUCUGGAAUCAUCCUAUUGGGUAUUCGUGCAAGUCCGUUUCUUUUGGGUUUCCUAUAUAUUCUCAGAAGUGAUGCUUCACUCUUUCUUUCAUCUAUCUUUAAACCCUUUACGUCUGAAUUUAUUUUCGUCUACCAUAGUGAGAAAAGAAACUUUUAUCCAUUUGCGAUAGCCUCCUUGUAUUCUAUUAUGGAUAUGAUCAACAAAUUUCGCCAUGGUAUUAGUUUUUCAAGCACUAGUCGCGAGAGAGACAUGCUUAUGGAUCAUUGUUCGAGUGAUGAAAGAGAAAAUAUGGAUACUUCCGACGACCCAUCUGCUCUCUAUUUCUACAUGCACCUUCCCAUUAUAUAUGAUUUGGGGGUUAUGGUUCCUUUCACUUUCUUCGAAAUAGAAUUUUUAACUGGUAUCAAUGUGACACCCUCCCAAAUUACUCCAAACGUUUGGGGAAUACUCAGGGCUUUUCAGAUGAUAUGA